CAAGAGCUUAAAUACAAGUCCACGCGGAAGCUGAGCUGGUUUCCAAUGAUAGGGCAGUACCAGCUCGCUGUGUGAAAGCAUAAGUGUUCCUGAGCAGUGCUGGGAUCGCAGUAGAAGCUCAAAUACACUUUAGGAGCUUGCUACCUGUGUGUGGGAGCAGCUGGAAAGAUAAGAGAGGGCAGAGGAAGAGACUACGUAGUUGGCUACGCAGAGAGGAAAAAAAACUUGGGUUUCUGCUGCAAACUUCUUUGCCUGUGCUUGCCGUCAGUGUGCUGGUGUCACUGUAGCAUGUUUAGGAAAGCUGCUGUAACCACGGUCUCUAAUGGAAGCUACUUCCAGGGGCAAGCUAAUGGCAGGUUGCCUUCUAUGGAGAGCGGACAACCGUCCCAGGAGGGAAAAGUUGUGCUGAAGAAGAAAGUGACACUUUUGAGGGGGAUAUCCAUCAUAAUUGGCACUAUCAUUGGAGCUGGCAUCUUCAUCUCUCCCAAAGGCAUCCUGAAGAACACAGGCAGCGUGGGCAUGUCCUUGACUGUCUGGACAGUGUGCGGUAUCCUCUCACUCUUCGGUGCCCUCUGCUAUGCUGAACUGGGAACAUGCAUUAGGAAAUCUGGAGGUCACUACACUUACAUCCUGGAGGCCUUUGGCCCAUUACCUGCUUUUGUGAGAGUCUGGGUUGAAUUACUCAUCAUUCGCCCUGCUGCCACAGCAGUGAUAUCGUUGGCAUUUGGACGUUACAUUUUGGAACCUUUCUUUAUGCAGUGUGAAAUCCCAGAACUUGCAAUUAAACUUAUUACAGCUGUUGGCAUCACGCUGGUGAUGGUCCUCAAUAGCACAAGUGUCAGCUGGAGUGCCCGCAUUCAGAUUUUCCUUACCUUUUGCAAGCUUGUAGCAAUUCUGAUAAUUAUAGUCCCUGGAGUUAUCCAGCUAAUUAAAGGAGAAACACAGCACUUCAGAAAUGCCUUUGCGGGGAAUGAUGCCAGUGUUAGGGGAUUACCACUUGCUUUCUAUUCAGGAAUGUAUGCCUACUCAGGCUGGUUUUACCUCAAUUUUGUUACUGAAGAAGUGGAGAACCCUGAAAAAAACAUACCCCUCGCAAUAUGCAUUUCAAUGAUUAUCGUCACAGUUGGCUAUGUGUUAACAAACGUGGCUUAUUUCACUACAAUCAGUGCUGGGGAAUUGCUGCUUUCAAAAGCUGUAGCAGUGACCUUUGCUGAACGACUAAUGGGAAACUUUUCUUUAGCUGUACCAGUAUUUGUUGCGCUCUCCUGCUUUGGAUCUAUGAAUGGUGGCAUUUUUGCAGUCUCCAGGAUGUUCUUCGUUGCAUCCCGUGAGGGUCACCUUCCGGAAAUUCUCUCCAUGAUUCAUGUCCGCAAGCACACUCCUCUGCCAGCUGUCAUUGUUUUGCAUCCUCUCACAAUGAUAAUGUUAUUCAAUGGGGAUCUCUACAGCCUACUGAAUUUCCUCAGUUUUGCCAGGUGGCUUUUUAUUGGACUAGUAGUUGCUGGGCUGAUUUAUCUCAGAUAUAAACGUCCUGAUAUGCCUCGUCCUUUCAAGGUACCUCUGUUUAUUCCAGCAUUGUUUUCCUUCACCUGCCUCUUCAUGGUUGCACUGUCACUUUACUCAGAUCCAGUGAAUACAGGGAUUGGAUUUGCAAUAACCCUGACUGGAGUUCCUGCCUACUACCUCUUCAUUGUAUGGGACAAGAAGCCAAAGUGGUUCAGAAAGCUCGUAGACAGGAUAACUGUAACAUUGCAAAUCCUCUUGGAAGUUGUCCCCUCGGAGGAAGACCAGAAAUCCUGAACUUUGUGUACAGCUUUUGGCUUGGUGUUUCAUAUCAACCUGAGGAAGAGGUUCGGGAGAUUUCUUUCUCUACCGAAUAUUCUGAAAAAUGGAGGAACAAGUCACAGCUGAGAUGGAUACUGAGCAAGUCAGUUACCAGAACUGUGUUUUACGAUGUUGAAAAAUUUUUGUUAGUGGGGUUGUUUUAUCUGUAGAAAGCAAGAACUUCUGCUGUGAUAGAAAUCAUCUCUUCACUAAUUCUUUCAUUACAGUGUCAUAUUUUAACAGACCAUAGGUUCAUCUAGCUAGGAUUUUUGUUGCAUAGUCACUGAAAAUGGGUUUGAGCGAUGUGUAAGUAUUAUAAUGAUCAGGUGUACUGUUACGACUCUAUGUUACGACUGCUUGCUGUCCCUGAAGAACACAAAUCUCAUCAGAGAAAGGGUGAGGGGAAGCUGCUGAGUUUCACUUCCAAACAUUCUUCCUGACACUCCAUUUGGCAGCCUGAUUUUGACUUCUUUCAGCUUGCUGGGAGAACCAGCAGACCAAUGCAGAAGCAUAGUGAUUUCCACAGCUUUGUGGUGGCAAGUUCAAGAUUUCUUUGUUCCUGAGUUAUAUUGUAGCUGUUAGGGACAUCUUCCACGAAUUAAUAUUUCUUCCAGCGGGACAGUAAGAUUUUAUCCUAGAGAAAAUAAUUUCAUACAUGUUAAAGUUUCUACCAGUCUGGAAAUUAUAACUAUUUUUACCAAUGUUUCUUUGUGUACAUAUAUGUGGGAAAUACAGCAACUGAGUCAUCACCUUCAAAUGAAUCAAAACAUUUGAAUGCAACCUCUGUUGCUGUACGAACAUUUUCUAUCUGGAAGCAUUUGGACCCACAGUUAUCAGUCAGGCAGACUUGAUUUUAAAGUUUUAUAUUACUGUUGGUGGGCAGAAAUAGAUAAUAGUCACUGGUGGGAAUACUGUGUAGACGUGGCAAUAAUGGCAACACCUUCUUAUGAAUGAGAUAUAAGGUGAGCUACAAUAGAUUUGCUGAUUUGAGUAGGAUACGCACCUGAUCUGUGGGCUUUUCAUUCAAACACACUCCAAUUAACUUAACUGGGCUUUGAAACACCAAGGAACAGGUGCGUAGCCAAUGUCUUCCUCCUGGUUUUAUCUUGACAGAACCCAAGAAAGGCCAUCAAAGCUGAUAAAAUCAAAUUAAAUUCAUCUUCAGAAUGAUGUUUGAGCUGAGAUUUGGCUCAAAUGUGAGCUGAAAUUUUCCUUUUUUAAGAAGAGUUGUAGAAAAAUCUUUUAAUGCUUAGAAAUUCAGUUUUAUAUCGUUAAUUGAAGACUACUCAACCUUAAGAUUAGGUUUUGUUAUCACUCUAUUAAGAAUAUAAUGCUUAAAUACUGAAUGCACUACUUUUUGAGCUGUUUGCUAUCAGCAAGUUACAAGUUUCAUGAAAACUUUUAUGGAACUAAGCAAUAUUAAACUUCCUAACUUAGGAGAAAAGCACAACUAGUAGCCAGAUCACUACAGUAAAGGGAGACUGUGUAUUGUAUAUGAGUUGUAUAUAUUGAGAACAUCUACCAUUUUAAGGAUGUACAGUAAAAUGUCUUAAAAUUAUUACGUAUUUUUCUUUCUUGUGUUUCUGUGGUGGAACUUUAUAGAAGUAGGGAAAUGGGAGUAACUGAUUAUGUGGAAAAACAGUAAUUUAAGACAGAAAACAUUUUGCAAACAAUUAUUUCUUUAAAUGCUUUCUGUUUACUGUAACAAAGUGUUAUUUGAAACUUUCUUAGGCAAAUGUUUUGAGAGAUUUUUAUGUCAACAGCGCAUGUGUUUAGUAUUUACAUUUGGCUCAGAGUUCUGCUUUUGAGGCCAUUUCCUGCUAUCUCAGUUCACCAGGGUUUGAUCUGUGUCAUUGUGGAGCAUUUUCAGUGUGCACAAACUGCAUUUCUCUCUGACAAAAAUAAACUGCCUUGUGACCUCCAGGAGCACACCUAACGGACUCCUCCACUAAUGGAUGCUGAGUCUGUGGGAUUCUAUCGGAUGUAGUCCAAAGCAAAACUUCCUGCACGUUGAAAGUACGGAUGCCAGGUUUUCUGUACCAACUGUUUCAUUCUAUGUAUUCCCUUCUAUUGUGCCACAUUACUUGAAAGUUUAAAUAGAGGCAGUGUUAAGCUGUAGAAAUAAAUGAGUUCUGUAAAUAUAACUGGAUGUCACUUUAUUUUCCUGUUGUGGACUUUAAAGUUUAGAAACGUUUCUGAAGCCUGAUUCAGUGACCACAUUUUACUAAUUACAUUUCAUCAAAGGAGGUAAUUUGUUGCAAGGGAACUCCUAGAACUCGUAGAUUGUGAAGUUGUAUAUUUUAGGAAGAAAAAAACUACUUGCAAAAUAAACAUCUACUUAAAAAAAAAUGCACAGAGAUUCUAAUUUCAGGUUUAGUUUCUUUAGCACAUGCAAUCACAGUACAAAAUAUUGUAACUGGGUUUCCACUGUGUCAUAAAAGUCAAUAUUAAGACUUUUUUAUUACACUUGGAAUUGAAGCAUACCCUCAUAAAUGGAGGAAAAACAGUUUAUAUAUUUUUUUUAAGUAAUUCAGUAAUCCUUUAAGACUUUUUAAAAAAAAUAUUGUCUUCAGAAUCACAAAGAAAAUUCUUCUAGAAUAAAGGAUUGUGCUGAUUUUGACUGGGAUAGAGUUAAUUUUCUUCACAGUGGCUAGUAUGAGUCUAUGUUUUGGAUCUGUGCUGAAAAGUGUGUUGGUAACACAGAGAUGCUUCGUUACUGCUUGCAAGUGCUUCCACAGCAUCAAGGAUUUUCUGUUUCUCAUUCCACCACACCAGUGAGUAGACUGGGGGUGCACAAGAAACCGAGCGGAGACACAGCCAGGACAGCUGACCCCAACUGACCAAAGGGAUAUCCCAGACCAUAUCAUGCCAUGCUCAGCAUAUAAAUUUGGGCGAAGAAUGAAGGAAGAGGGGGACAUCUAGAGAUACAAUAUUUACCUUCCCAAGUUAACAGACGUGAUGGAGUUCUGUUUUCCUGGAGGUGGCUGACCACUUGCCUGAUAAUGGGAAGCAGUGAAUGAAUUCCUUGCUUUGCUUUGCUUGUGUGUGUAACUUUUUUUUUACCCA